AUGGAACAAGUUUCACAAUCGUCUCCCUCACGUAACCUAGAUGGCGUCAGAAUCUCCACAAACUUUAUCCCUUUUGAUCUCACCUUAGCGAUACUCUCUAGACUUCCCGCAAAAGCUCUCAUCCGAUUCCAAGCUGUGUCGAAGCUAUGGUUCUCAACCAUCCGCAGUAAAGAUUUCGUAAACUCGUUUCUGAUUAGGUCAAAGACUCAACCUCGUUUCCUUUUAACCUUCAAACACUUCGACUCUCGCAAACGUUUCAUCUUCUCAGCUCCUGAACACAAGAGAACCGACAAAUCAUCCACAGUUGUCGCCAGACACGACAUGACGAUCUCUGGUCUUGUCUACUACAUCAAAUCUCGUCCCGUGAACGGUUUCUUGUGCUGCACGUAUGGCUCUUCUAUCGCGGUUUGUAAUCCAACCACUGGACAGAUUGUGAAAUUGCCUGAUGAGCAUUACGUUUUCACAUUGCAGUCUCAACAAAAAGAGUGGAGAAAGAUUGAGAUUACACAAGGUGUUCGAUAUUUCGAGGUCUCUGGAGGGUUAUGCAUUGAUGGUGUGGUAUACUAUGGAGAUGAACGCUCAGAAACAAUAGUUAGAUUCGAUGUUAGGUCUGAGAAGUUAGACCUAAUCCAAGUACCUGAAGAUACUGAUAUAGUAGACGAGUCAUCUCUUGUAAACUACAAUGGGAAACUAGGCAGUGUUGAGUUGGAUGAUGAUGAUAUGAUGGUGUUGUGGGUUUUAGAAGAUGUUAAGAAACAAGAAUUGUCUUUGGGAAUGGAGUGUGAUUUACCUAGUGAGUGGAAUGGUUUAGUUAAGGGUUAUGUUAGUCUUAAGGGUGAGACUCAUAGUGAUGAGGUUAUCAUGGUUAGUUCAAGGUUGAUAUCAUCUGAGCCGUUUAGUGUUUUGUAUUAUGAUUUUUAUAGAGAGAGCAUACGAAGAGUGGUGGUCGAAGGACUCGUGGAUGAUGAGUUUAGACGUGUGCAUGGGAUUGGUAAGCGAACUCGUGAGGUUUUGUGUUUUCCUGGUUAUGUUGAGAAUAUUAUGUACUUGUGA